CCUAACCAACCGAUCCCCAAAGUCUUACACUCUUACCCCUUCUCCCAUCUUAUCAGUAUCAGUUAAAGAAUACCCAUUUUUCAGUCAAAAAACCCUAGAAGCGUGAGAGAGAAAUGGAGGCGAAGAAGGGUGAAAUUGCUUCUAAUAAAAACCCUAAAAAGGCAAAUCUUUUGGAUCACCAUUCCAUCAAACACAUUCUCGAUGAAUCUGUCACCGAGAUCGUGAAGAGCAAGGGGUAUCCUGAAGAUGUGAGCAUGAGUAACAUUCGGUUGUUGAUCGGGACGAUCAUCAUUGUCAUUGCACUUUUUGCGCAGUUCUACAACAAGAAGUUUCCGGAGAACCAGAAUUUCCUGAUUGGAUGCAUUAUAUUAUAUCCUUUAUCGUGGCCUGAUUUUGAAAUUUGGCUUUAGAUUCGAAUGUGAAAGCAGCAUUGGAAAUUUGUUUCUGUUUAGUUUCCUAAAAUUUAUUUGAAAUUUUGUUAUGAUUUAUUUUGUGCACCAAAGAAAAA